AACAAUCAAGAGUGCUAGUUUGGUAUAUCCAGACGUCUUCAUCGCGACCCCGCAGCGCCGGCCGCUAAAAUAACCCAAUCAGGGCCCCGGUUCCACCCCGUCACCAUCCGCCGGAUCAUGGGCCUCAGGAAACAUCACCACUUACAGCACAUGGCGUCUCGAGUAUCACAGCGCAUCUUCCAAAGACUUAGCAACCGCAUUCUCAUCACCUCAUCUCUUACCCCCUCUGCUUUUUGCAAUACAAUAUAUAUACCCCGCCAUCACCACCAUCAGACACAACAACCAAUGCCCCUCUCCCCUCCCCCGCUUCAAAUCCUCACACCCCCUCCCCCACCAUCUACCCCAAAGCCAAAAACCCUCUUCAUCCUUGACUCCUCUUUCAACCCCCCAACAACCGCGCACCUGCAUCUCGCGCGCUCAGCACUUUUCUCACGGGAUGAGGGGAGGUACCCACAUCCACGGCGCGAGUUACUCUUGCUAGCGACGGCGAACGCAGAUAAACCCAAUGUCGAAGCGGGGCGGGAGGAUAGGGUGACGAUGAUGCGAGUCUUGGCUGGGGAUGUGGUUGGGAACCAGGGCGCGAGGGAGGAAAAGGAGGGGGAGGGUGUCGACAUAGCCCUCACGCCCCACGCGCUCUUCAUCGACAAAGCGCGCGUUAUCGCAGAAGAACCGACGUAUGAGGGUGUGAAGAAAGUCUUCAUCCUCGGUUUCGACACGCUCAAACGGCUGCUGGAGGUGCGGUACUACAAUCCUCCUAGUUUAUCGGGGUUAGGACCACUGUUUGAGGGGGGCGUGAGGGUGCAUUUGCGCGCUGGGGGGGAGGAGGAAGAGGGGGAGCAGAAGAGGUGGAUUGAGAGUCUGGGGGGAGAGGGGGGGAGAUGGAGAGGAAUGGGGGGAGGAGGGGAUGGGUGGGGGGAUGGAGGUGGUGGAAGCUAG